AUGGCAUCAACGCAUCCACAUGCCUCACACGCACGACGCUCCUAUCAUCUGACGGAUGACGAUGAGCUGACCGAAGAGCAGCAGCGUCGUCAUGAGCUCCGGGCGUUCAUACUUAGCAUUGUUAAGAUUUGUGUUUUCGUCGCCAUUUGGAUAUUCUUUUCGAUUGUGCUGAUGAUAUUUCCGCCGCAUGAUGAGCAUCAGGAUUUGGUGCCACUGGUUGCGAACAAGGCGAAGAUGCUGAAAAUUGCAGCAGAGCCCAGUGGCAAUAAAAUAACCUUAACGGUGAAGGGCAACAUUGAUUCGGGCAUGACACAGAAUCCGAAGCGUGCCGAUGAUGACGAUCCACGCGUAGCUAUCUGGGUGCAGUGCUGCAGCAAGGAGUCCAACGACUCCGAGUGGGAGUCCGCCGAAUGGCUGGUGUUCCUCGGCUCUGAUGGCAAAGCAGAGGGCGAGGUGACGCAUGAGUUUAAGCUUUCGGGAAGACCCAUGCCCAAUAAGGCCUUGCAGCGAAUGAUGAUGCGUUCGGAUGAUGAUCGGGACAAUCAGCUUUAUCUAUCGAUGACGAAUAAGAAAAACAAGCACGCAGCUGCUCUGGCAGUGCACAUCAACACCUCGCCGCUGGAUAUAUCCAUGGGUGUCAUCUGUGCUGUAGUUAUACUCACCUUGCUCUACGUGCUCAUCAUAUUGGACAUAACGGAUCGCGCCUUUGCCGCACUGCUGUGCGCGUCCAUAGCGCUGGCCACACUAGCGCUGAUGGGACUGCGUCCAACGCUGAAUGAGAUCAUCUUGUGGAUCGACUGGGAGACCAUGAUGCUGCUGUUCGGCAUGAUGAUUAUCUGUGCGCUGCUCUCCGAGACGGGCGUCUUUGAUUAUCUCUCUGUGGUGGCGUAUCGCGUAAGCAAGGGCCGUCCCUGGAUGCUCAUCUUUCUGCUGUCCAUGCUGACUGUGUUUUUGUCCGCGUUUCUGGAUAAUGUCACCAUUGUGCUGCUCAUGGUGCCCGUCACCAUAAGAUUAUGCGAGAACAUGGGCCUGCGCACCACCAAGGUGCUCAUAGUCAUUGCCAUUUUCUCCAACAUAGGCGGCACUCUGACGCCCGUGGGUGAUCCUCCGAAUGUUAUAAUUGCGACCAAUUCCGUUGUGCAAAAGGAGGGCGUCAAUUUUCUCAACUUCUUGUGCCACAUGUUGCCGGGUGUGGCCGCCAGCAUACUUGUCACCUGGUUUAUUCUUUAUUUCAUGCUGAAGGACAAACUCUAUGCCGGCAGCGAUGAGGAAAUGCGCGAGUCCUUGCGCAAGCUGCAGAAGACCGCCGAGAAGAAUCCCAGAAAUCAGGUGGGCUUGACCUAUAGCGAGGAGCAAAUGCGCGUUGAGGUGCUGAAGCGCAUUGAGGAGCUCAAGGAUCAGUAUCGACGCAAACAGGACGCCAAGACGUUUGGCCUGCAACCAGCACGUAAUUAUAUUGAAACGCUCGCGGACAUGGAGUCCAGAUAUAAGAUUAAGAACAAGCCGCUGCUUAUCAAAUGCACCAUUGUCUUGAUUAUAGCUGUGCUGCUCUUCUCGCUCAACUCCUUCCCGUUCAUGGCGGGCAUGACCUUAGCCUGGGCCGCUAUACUCUGCGCCUUUCUGCUGCUCAUCCUGCACAACAAGCCGGACAUGGACAUUGUGCUGGAGCACAUAGAAUGGUCCACGCUGAUCUUUUUCGCCGGCCUCUUUGUGCUCAUGGAGGCGCUCUCCGAGAUGGGUCUCAUACAGUGGAUAGCCGAUCGCACCAUUGACAUGAUCUUGCGCGUGGAUAAAGAUCACCAAAUUGUUGUGGGCAUUACGCUGAUGAUGUGGAUUAGCGCCAUAACGUCGGCGUUUGUAGACAAUAUACCCAUUGUGUCUAUGAUGCUCAAGCUGGCCAUUAUGCUGGCCAGCAACGAUGAACUGCAUCUGCCGCUGCCGCCGCUGCUUUGGGCGCUCUCCUAUGGCGUUUGCUUUGGCGGCAACUCCUCGUUGAUUGCAGCCACCUCCAAUGUGGUGGCCGCUGGUGUGGCGCGGCAAUAUGGCUAUAAGAUUGGCUUCCUAGAGUUCCUCAAGUACGGCGCGCCCAUUACGUUAAUCACUGAUGCAAUAGCCACAGUGUAUCUGCUCAUAGCACAUGGCCUAUUGUCAUGGAAUACUGCAUAA